AACAUGUUUUUGUGGUUUCAUGUUUUUUUGAAAAAUAUGAUUUUGGAUAAGUAUUUAAUUAGUGCCAAGUUUUCGGUUGUUAUCAAAUCUACGUAAAAAUUAUUAUUCACUUCAUCGUUAUUACUGAGAAUAUUCCAGAUAAAAAUGGAGGUUGAAUUGGAUCAAGAUUUGCUGUAUACUGCUCUUCAAUUUCAUGGGCCGAAAUUACAAGAAGCACUAAGAAGUGAAUAUGGUGAUGUCGGAGAAUUUACUGGACUUUCUACCCUAAGUUUUCCAGCCUAUGCAAAUGGAAAUAGUAUAUCUAAUGAUUUGGAUAAUGAAAAACAGUUGAAACUCCAUAAGUUUAUUGCAAAUAAUUCAAAGGCAUUCUUUAAUGUCGAGUUGUUGGCUAACAAUAAGCAAAAACAAUGUGAAGACUUUGAAAUAAACUCAUUUACUGUAAUGCCACCAUAUGAAGCAUUCGGAUAUACUAAUAAAGAGAUGAAGUUAAAACAUUUCUUAAGCGAACUCUCUGAAGGCGAAAUCAUAAUUACCUCAAUAUCUUCAAAAAAUAUCUCUGGAUUAAUUUUAAAGGUAUUAUGCACUUAUACUGAGCCUAUAAGGUGUGUUUCUGAUAUUAAUGUUCGUGGCUUUUGUCAAGCAUCUCUUCCUGGUCUUAGUAUUGGAGACAAUUUGUGCUGUGAAGUAUUAGAAGUAGUACCUGAAGCUUGUAAAUUAGUUUGUGGAAUAAAAGGAGUGAAGUGCCAUAAGAAGUAUAAAGAAUUGCUUGGCUUAUUUAACAUGGAAAAUUGCCCCCAAACAUUUAAAUUGUUUCAUGCUGGUAAAUAUGAUGAUUCAUAUGACUCAAUGUUACAAAAAUCUACGGGAUUUAAAAAUCCAUCAAAUAUUUGUAAUUUGGAGUUAAUAACAGGUUUGUUUGAUGAUAGAUAUUCAAUUAUACCUUCUUUGUCAGGGAGCUUCCCAGAAAAAGAAACUGCAUUAGAACUUCGUAAAGUUCAGUCUGCUCAAUGGGCUAUUCAAAGUGUUUCUGAUGGAAUUAAAUAUUUUAAAGCUGGACAACACUCUGAAGCAUUUUUAUGCUUAAAUAAAGCAUUGACUAUAGACUCUCUAAAUGUUGAAGCUUAUGUAGCUAGAGGUGCUUUAUAUGCCAAUCUAAGCCGUUUUCAAAAAGCAAUUGAAGAUUUAAAAUCUGCCUUAAAAAUUAAUCCGAAACAUGUUAAUGGUCGUAAGUAUCUUGGUGAAACUUUAAUGGGGUAUGCUAGAACCUUAGAGUCACAAAAUAAAUUGGAAGAUGCUUUACAAUAUUAUGAAGAAUGCUUACUUAUAAUACCUGAUCAUGACGAAGCAAAAGCAUCUAUUGAAUAUCUCAAAACAAACCUUUUAGUUGGAAAAUCAAUGUCUAUGAAUACUCAUGACAGUUUGUCAAAAAAGAAAAUUGAUACUGAUUUAGAAAAAUCAGCAAGUAGUAGCAGCAGUUCUAAUCAUAGCAACAGCAGCUCAAGUGAUAGUUCAAGUUCCGGAAGUUCUUCAGAUGAAGAAAGUAAUAGUUCCUCUGAUAGUGAUUCUGAUCACACGUCUUCUUCUGAUAGUUCAAGUGAUGGUUCAUCUGGUAAUGAUUCACAAAAAGUAGAUACUAAAGAGAGAUCUUUAUCACCAUUUAGUAAGCGCUUGGCAAUGAUGGAUGGGAGUAGUACCAAUGGAGGCGGAUUACCUUGUAAUCCUUCAUUUAUUGCACCAGAAAAUUCUCAAUCGCAGCAAUUGGGUGCAGAAAAAGAAAGUGAUAUUGAAGAAAGAAUCCAAAAGUUAAUACUAUUAAGUCAAUCAAACAAAAUAAAGAAAAGUAAACAAAUUGGAAUUAAUAUUCAAAAAUUAUUACAAGAUGCUUAUGCCUUAAAAAAUGAAGAAAAAAAGGCAGAUAAAAAAAUAAAAAAAUCUAAAGAUAAAAAGAAAUCUCAUAAACACAAGAAAAAAGAUUCUAAAGGUAAGCAGAAAAAUGCAAAGGAUCAUCAGGAACAUCAUCAUAAAAAAAAUAAAUCAAAAAAACACAAAUUUAUUGAACAAUCAUUUGAUAACGAACAGCAAAUUAUCCAAAAAUCCAGUCUCCCUGAUCCGGAGAGUGUUAAAUCAAAUUUAUCAAAUUUAAAAGAAGGCUCCUUAUUCUUUAAAAAGUAUGUAAAACAAGAUAAACCCUCCAAUGAUCAAAAUGUUAUUGAUAAGGAUAAUGAACAACCAGAUAUGUUUAAAGCAAAUGAAGUCGUAGAAAUGCCAAAUACUUAUAAAUAUGAUGAAGAUCCAUCAUUGAUUCCAACACCUAAAUUUAAAAUGCAAUUACCUACUACAACUACAACUUAUGUUAAGGUCAAGAAGAAGGAGCCUAUUGAUUAUUUACCUGCUUACAACUACAACAAUCAUAUAUUGCCUGCUAAUCAUGAGUUAAUCAGAACACAGUCAUCAAAUAAUAAUGAUACUAAUAAUACAGAGCAUGCAUCUCCUACUUUGUAUGAUACAAACAACAAAGGAUAUUUUAAUUUACCUCCGUCAACUCAUCCAGUCUCUGAAAAUAAUAUUAAUAAUAUGGAGUUUCAACAAAAGCAAUCAUAUAUAAGUCCUAACAAGCAAAGAUCACGUAGCCGAUCAGCAUCUAAGAGGCGCAUAAAUUAUUCUAGAAGUAGAAGUUCUGGAAAUCGUUCAAGUCAGUCUCCAUUUAAAAAGAAGCCCAAAGAGACAUCAAAGUCAAAAUCUAGGAGUCGUUCUGGAUCAUAUCCUCGUCAUAGACGUUAUUCUUCUUCACGUUCAAAUCGUUCCCGUUCAUCUUCGCAUUCAUACUCUCGUUCGCGUUCACGUUCUCGUUCCAUACAUCAUCGUAAUCGCAUGCCAUAUUACAAUAAUCGUAAUCGUGGUACAUACUAUAAACCACGUUUUCAAAAUCAAAAUCAUCAUAAUCGUGGUUUUCAGAAUCGUGGUUUCCAACAUCGUGGAGGAUAUGUCCACCGUCAAAAUUAUAAUAACUAUAAUAAUAACUGGAAUAAUAGAGGUCAAAGAGGUGGUGGAAGGCAACGAUUCUUCCAUUAUAGACCUAGACAAUACGAUAGAAAUCGACACUAUGAAAGGCGCAGUUACUCUGGUUCACCAAAUCGUCGUAGUCGUAGUCGUAGUAAGAGUCGUAGUGGAUCCAAAAAUUCCACAAAAGAAUAUAGAAAACGUUAUUCUGGUAGUGGUGAAGAUCAACAACAUAUUGCUAAUAAUAAGCCCAAAACUCCACCAGAACCAACUACUGAAACCAAUAAAUGGCAACUUGAUAGCAAUGAUAAUGGUAAUAGAAAUUCACAAGACCACGAUGAAGGAUCCAUUGAAUAAAAUUACAAAGCUGACAAUUUAAUUAUAUUCGAUGGUUUACUUAUUUUACGCAAACAUUCACUAGACAUAUUUUUAUUUAUGUUUUAAAUUAUAUCUUCUUUUUUUUUUAAUAUUUUCACAUUUAAUUAAAUAAUCAUUUAAAACUAAGAUUUUUGUAAUUGAAUACUACAAUUUUAGAUUUCUUAUUUGCUUUGAUAUACAUAUAAGUUAAUUUUGGGCUUAUAUAAUAGUUUGCUUUCAUUUAAACUCAUAUUUUAAAUUAAUAAUUAAAAUUAUACAUACAUUUUAGUAGACUCUUCAAAUUUAUAUAAGAACAUCAGUGUUUAAAUUUAUUUUAUUAAUUGAUAAAAAAAAGACAGACUGUAUUUCAUAUAUUUAAUAAAAAAGAUUAGAAUUUAGUUAAAAUGUUUUUCUCUUAUUUGUUCAGAGAACACAUUUUGUACCAUCCUAUAUACUAUUUAUUUUAAUCAAGUUCUAAAAAAUAUAAUUAAAUAAUUAUUAAAAUUUAUGAACUACAGUACAAAAUUAAUAAAAUUAAUAUUAGUUCUUAUUAGUGUUAUAAUAUCAUAGUAUUUGAGUUGUUUGUACGGGGUAUUUUAUCUUUGUAUAAAACUAUUUUUAAUAAUAUAAAAACUUUUUAAAAUAAUCAAUUUUCUAUUUGUACCUUCAUCUUUAUUUACCUUAUUAGUUGAAACAUCAUUGAACAUAAAUUAUUUUCAAUUUUGAUUUUUUUACUGACGUUACUACCUAUUAUUUUUGUAAAUAUUACAAUAAAUUGAAAAGUACAAGUUAUACUAUUCAUAACUAAUUACAAAUAGUCAACUCAUAUUUCAUGGUUGACAUUAUUUUUGUUAAGACUGAUAUGAAUGAAUGUAUGAUAAUUAUAACAAAAUGAAUAGUGUCAUAAAUUCAUAUUUUAUAGAUAAUAUGUAUCAAAGAAAAUAUUUAUUUAUGAUUAUUAUAUAAAGUUCAGUGGUGUUUUUGAGCACUCUGAAACUAACUAAAUUGUGUGUGUUCUAUGCUGUUUAGUGUUUAUACUUAGCACUCAACAGUAUUAAUAUCUUGUUAUUAUUAUUAUUAUUUAUCACUUAUCAGUUAUAAUUAUAGUUAUUUUAUUUAUAAUCAAACCUACCCACUGAGUGACCAGUAAUCUAAUUAAGCAUUCAUGGGGUGUAGCCUCAGGUUAGGUUAGGUUAUCAAGGUAGCUAUGCUAGUCGUAUUUCUAAUAUUUAGGUAUAUAUUUUAUCUUUAAUGUUACACUAUACAUUAUUUAAAAGUAAAAAAAAAAUAUUUAAAGAAUAUAAAUACUAAUUGACAUAUUUAA